AUGGCCGCAGUCGCCGGCACGCAGACGAUCGCUGGCGUGCCCGUCGAGCUCGGCCAGGCGGUCCACGUGGCCACGAAGAAGCAGCUGCAGCGCCAGAUCAACGCGAUCGUGGGCUGGAACGAGCUGGACCGCGCGCCCAUGACCGUGGCCCAGACAAUGCUCCGCGGGAACGAGCACCAGGUGGGCGAGCACCCGUACUUUGUGUGCGAAAAGUCCGUCGGCAUUCGGUACCUCGUGCUGCUCGUGCAAGGCCAUUGCUACCUCAUUUCCCAGAAUUAUGACUUUCGAGAGGUGACGCUCUUCUGCCCCGUGCGGCCCGACCGGCUGCAGCCCGGUGUGGACCGCAAUACAGUCGUUCCGCAUCAGUGGACCAUCUUGGACGGGCUCUUGGUGUGUGACAAAGACAGCACCAAGUCGGUGCUCACGCUGCUGCUGUACGACAUCUUGGCGCUCAAUGGCAGUCCCGUGAUGACGUCGAAGCUACAGGACCGACUCAAGCUGAUCCAGAACGACGUCGUAGGGCCGCGCAAGCAGCUGUCGGUGCCCAAGGGACACCCACCUGACAUGUUUCAGCUCGUGCUACAGUCCAUGUACCCAAUCGAUCGCGUUGGCCAUGUGAUUCGUAGCAUCCUGCCACGAGUCUCGCAGACGAGACAGAAUGCAGGAUUGGUGUUUACGCCAGUGCUAUUGCCGUAUACGCCUGGGUAUUCGAAAGGAUUGUUUCACUGGACGCCCACAGCAGUGCUGUUUGCAGACUUUCAGCUGGGUGUAGAGUGGCGGGGCCGUCCGCCAAAGCCGGGGUUCAAGUUGGUGAUCCAUGACAAGCGCACGCAAGUCUUUCAAGACUGGAUCACGUUCACACCCGAGGACUUUGAAGCGUUUCGACAAGACAAAAAGGCGUCUUCGCGUAUUGUCGAGUGUGUAUACGAUCCAGAAUGGCUCACGUACAUCCCAUCGCAUGACAAAAGCACGUGGGACGUAGGUAGCACCGAGUUUAACGCUACUGAGCGUGGCGUUGGAUGGAGAAAGGGUGGCUGGAAGUUUGUCCGAUGUCGUCCCGAUCGUAGUAUGCCGCUCGAGCGUAAUCAUCUCACCAUGAUCGAAGAAGCUGUCGGCGAAGACAUCAAGCUUGACGAGAUUGAGCAAUUCUUUCCAGACGAUCUGUCGAAAAAGUCAAUGUCGGGUGCGCAAAAAAGUCGGAGUGACACCACUUCAACACCAGAUGACUUGACUCCCCCGAGCAAGAAAAAGCGUAGCAGCAGUGGAGCAAGUGGAAGUCAGUCACCUGGUACUGGUGUGUGCUACGACUUCCAGAACAAGGGCAUGUGUCAGCGUGGCCGGUUCUGCCACUUUUCGCACUGUGCCUGCAAUUCCACGUGCUCGUGCACGCCGACCAAGAACACUUAUGGUCAACGACCGUCGUACAGAAGAAACGACUACGAUGCUCCGCCAUCUCCUGAAGCCUCACCGUCGUCAAUCGCCGAUGCGUCCGCGGUGCCAGACAUCUCACCUUUGUUGCGGCAUACAAACUGCGAUUCCGGCCUGAAGACUGAGGGUACCGCAGGAGAGGAAGGGGAAGCUGGUGAGCUUACCGACAAUAAUAACACGCACGUCAACAGUGUGUUUGCGCCUCUUGUAACGUUUGAUAAGGAGACGAUUGCUGCUAAGCGCGCGCAGUUGGCAGCACUUGGCAAUCGCCGUAUCUGGGCGAGUCUAGGAAUCGAAGACAAGCCGCAACGUGCGCGCCCGUGUGGACUGAUUGUAUCCAAGUCUGGCGAUGUGACGUAUGUCCGUCCAUCGGAGAAGUGA